CAUUGUUUAUUAUAUAUAUUUAUAUAUGUAUGACUGAUCAUAUAGAUUGAUACGGACGUAGUUUUACUAAAUCUUUAUAAUUCAAUUUUAAUGCAUAGUAUAUUUAUUAAAUAAAAUAAUUAUUCAUUUAAAUGUUGAAAGUACUAAAAAACAUUAUUUUUACUCAUAAGUAUGAUUUACUAUAUAACGGUAACAAUCAGUUGUCUCUAACUUAAGUGCUUACUAAUAAUUGAUCUUGCAUAUUAUUAUGGCCGGUUUGGAAUCUAUUGAGUUGGCCCGCUUAAGGCACCGAGCAUCUAGAAGUAUUUCUGAAAAUUAUGCUACUAAUGAUAGUAAUCUUAUGAAUCCCGAAAAUACUAAGUUGAAUCAUCGAGAAAUGCUUUUAGAAAUGUCAAAAAACAAAGAUGUUAUGGUAAAUGAAACGGUGAACAAAUGUUUAAAGCCAACAUGUAUCAUUUUACAACAUGUUGUAAGCUAUCCUUUUAUUGUUUUGAGAAGACAGUGUCAAUUGCACUAUGAUUCCACAUGCUAUCAUAUUGUUCCAUUUACUUUAAUUCCUGUAGCAUAUAGACUCAUGAAAAUUCAAGGUGUUGCAGUAUUAUGGAAAGGUUUUGGAACAGUUUUACUUAUCAAAGGAUUGACUAUGGCUGUUGAAGCUUUUUUAUCAGAAUUUUUUGACUGGCCAAAGGAAAUGUCAUCAAUUACUAAUUCAAAGAGUUUUGGAAAACAUUUACUACUUAAAUGUGUAAGUUUAAGUCUUGUCACACCAUUUUAUACUGCAUGUCUUGUGGAAACUGUUCAAAGUAUUAUUGCAAGUGAUAAAACUGCAUUUUAUGAUGUUUUCAAAGAAGGAUUUUUUAGGUUUCUUCAAUGGAAUUACCCACAAAAAGGACGUAUGUUACCAAUUUGGAUUUUGGUCAUUCCCACUGUUUUAUAUGGAGUUCUAAAGUAUACAUCUAAUAUUGUUAUAAGUAAAUGUGUCAAGCAUUCAUUAGUUAAGUAUGAAUUAUAUAAAGUCCGUCAAACUAAUGUCACAUCAAACAAAAAUUCAUUUGCUGAUGGUGAACAGUUUGAAGCAAUAUCUGAUUUGUCAGCCUCAGCUAUAAGUGAUGCUAUACUUUAUCCAAUUGAAACCAUUAUGCAUCGUCUUUAUUUACAAGGCACACGUACUAUAAUUGAUAAUCUUGAUACAGGAUAUUCAGUUAUACCUAUUUUAACUGGAUAUGAUGGGCCAAUUGAUUGUUUUGUAACUACUGUUACACAAGAAGGACGAUUAGGUCUAAUUAAAGGAUUUGGGGCUUUGAUACUUCAAACAAUUGUAGUAGGAGUGUUGUACAAAGUGAUAAAAAUAAGUCUUGUAAAAAUUAUUGAUACUUAUGACUCUUCAAAUCCAUCUACUUCAACAACUAACAAUACUCAUAGUAUUCAACAUAAUGUAAGUGAGCAAUUUAACGUUGGACCUUCAACUUCAAGAUCAGUCAUUCGAUCUACAUCUUUUAUGAUGUAAUCUUGAGAAUAAAUAUUUUAAUUUUUCAAAUUGAAAACUGUGUGUUUAGUUAUGUUAGCUUAUGAAUAUUUCAUUAAUGUACAAUAAUAGUUUUGUUAUUUUGUUGACCUGUAAAUUGUAAUAUUAAAUAAUAAUUAAUAAAUUAAGUAUUACAAAAGACAUAUUUUUUUUGUUAAAUUUUAAUAAAUGUAUAUAGUUCAUA